AGCCUGGGCUCAUGGCCCGGCCCCCGCGGCGCGCCGCGUAGCCGCAGGGACCUCCCCCCCGCCUUCUCCCCAAUGUCCAAGCGCCGAAAAAAAAACGCUCACCUGGAGCCCGCGCGGCAUGCACUGGGAUCCACCGGCAGCGGCGCCGAAGUCCACCGAGGCAGCGCCUCCCGGCGCGCCGGCUCUCUGGCUCGCCGGAGGCGCGCCAGCUCCAGGGGGCCAGCGCGCCGACCCGAGUCCCUCUACAGGACGCCCAGGGAGGUCCAGGGCGGCGUCGGCGUCGGCGGGGCGGGCGGCCGCGCUUCGCCUUCGGCUGCCCCCCCCACCCACCCCUCGUCCGCGUCGGGGAGCCGCAAGGGGGGCGGCGCGGGCGGGGCUGGCGCCGCGGACGCCCCGUCGGGGGCUGCAGGAGGCUCCAGCCGGCGGCCCCGCGCGCAAGAGCGGCAAGGGGGCCGCGUCGACCGGGGUGGAGCAGGAGCGGUACCACGAAGAAUUGGACCGACGCCGAAUGGGACGAGGAGCUCAAGCACGGCUGGGGCGGCUACGCACCUGGUGCGACCGUGGUGAUCGAGGGCAUCAAGGCGAUGCCGCAGCUCAACGGACGAAAGCGCGGGAAGUUACUUCGUUUCGAUGGUGCGUCGUUGAGGUGGCAGGUUGAGAUCGAAGACGGGCAAGGCACGAAGGCUCUGAAACCCGACAAUCUGGUGGUGCAGUUCGAAGACGAGGAGGACGAGUGGGCCGAAGGCGAAGAAGAGGAGUGGGCGGAAGGUGACGAGGAGGAAGAGGACGGAGCUAACGGUGACACUGCAGCACGGGAACCUGUUGCCAAGAAGGCCAAGACCGAGUGAUCGUUUCAGAUGCGUGUGUACGAGACGGAAAAGAGUGUGCGGAUCUUUGUCGAUUGUUGCAAUGCCGCCGCGGAUCUUUUAGGCGCGCUUCCAAAAUACGGGCGCCCGCAAGCAUUCAAAGGUUCCGCAUGGGCACAUCUACACAUACAGGUGCAUGCCUCAUGACAUGCAUACAUCCGCAACGCUAGUAC